AUGGCAGUCGAUGACUCGACCAGCGUACUACUCUCUACUCUAACGAACGCACUUGAGUCCGCUGCCUCGGCGUUUCCCGACAAUGAAGACCAAUUCCUACCUCCCGCGGAGGGCAUUUCUCUGCUUGACAUAAAAAACGACCUGCUCCUCUCAUACAUACAGAACCUGGUGUUCCUUGUGGUGCUGAAGCUGCGCAAUCAAGGCAGCAGCACCGACAGCACCCAGGACCUGGCGGGCGAAGUGGUCAAGAAGCUUGUUGAACUCAGGGUGCACCUGGAGCGAGGGAUUCGGCCGCUCGAAAGCAAAUUGAAAUAUCAGAUUGACAAAGUCGUCCGAGCUGCUGAGGAAGCCGACCGCCGCGCCAGCCAGCAAGCUUCGACCGGUCAGGAAUCUACCAAGAAGGCUACAAGAAGAAGAACACAGGACGUGGAUGGCGAAGGAUCCGAUGAUGGCGCACCAGUGUCAGACUCCGGGCUCGACUCUGAAGAUUCAGACGAGGGGGCACAACUCACCGGGCCGACGGAAGCCGAAAUCUCUAUAGGACCCAGACCAGCUGCUCUAUUGCGCAGUACUACAGACAAAUCGCAGACGAAUGGUUCUUCUAGGACCACGAAGUCGCGAACGACCGAUCCAGGCACAGGCACAGGCACAAGCACAGGUGCAUACAAACCGCCGCGGAUUACACCCACGGCGAUGCCCGAUCCGACCGCGACGCGAGAGCGCGACCGCGACCAACCGGCGCGCAAACGCCGAUCCCAACUUCUCGACGAAUACAUUGACGAAGAAGUGUCGACGGCGCCGCGAGCGCAGCCGUCCAUCGGGUCCAACCACACGAUCGUCAAGCACGGACGAGGCGCCAUGUCAUCGCGCGAUCGAGAAAAGGAGCGCGAACGGCUCGAGUACGAAGAGCGCAACUUCGUCCGACUGCCCGGCGAGAGCAAGGCCGAGCGACGAAAGGCCCGACUUCGCGGCGAACGGAACCAGAGAGACAUGUUUGGCGGCGAAGACUGGACCGGGCUCGGCGGGCUCGGCGAUCGCAUUCACAGAACCGUCGCUGGCCGGUCGCGCGGCGAGGGCGCCAAUCUGCUCGAACGGCGCGAGAAACGACGCCGAGACACUCAGGACGGUCCCAGAGGCGACGGAUCAGCUGCUGGACCUGGAUCUGGUGGCGGGGCCGGGAUCGGCGAGACCUUUGAGAAGAGGCGGAAGAUCAUGCAGCAGCGAGCGGAGAAGAAGACUCGUCGAAGAGCAUGA